AACCUGGGUAGUGAGAGAUGAUGAGGCCAACCGAGUCGAAGGCAGGUUCAGAGAAAUUCUCAGAGUCACUUCACUGCGGCGAGUCGUGCUAUCAACAUCGUUCGCUCUAUUAUCCAUUUUUUAAUAUUCACCAGUGAAUUUACCACAAUUAUCGAAAUUAUACAUCAUCACUGGAGUACUGGAGACCUGGGGGAAAUAAACUGAACUCAGUGUCUGUGUAAUCAACAGAAUCAGAUCAGACUGGGAAUUUAUUUCAAUAUAUUAUCGUUAUUGUAUUAAUUUUGUGAUGUGGAGUGGUUUGCCUUUGUGAUUAUCCAGAGUGAUUGGUUUUUCGGAAUUUUGAGGGAUUUUUAAUCGUGAUGAACAUUCUGGCGGAAUGACGUGUGGAUUAAAUCGAUAACCGGUGUAAUUGAACCGGCAUGGAUUGCACCGAAAAAGUGACUAUCGAGAAUAUUCCGGACCAGCGACACAGUAGUGAAACACAGACCGAUGCCGCAUCAACUUCAUCGGCAGAGCAAUUGGAGGGAUCAUACCCGUGUCCUGCGUGUCCCCUCGUGCUAACAUCAUCCCGUGACCUGACAAAUCAUCUCCGGGGUCACAAUUCACCCAGAAGUACCGAUUACAGCGGUGAGGAGGACUACUCCUGCGGCGUUUGCCACAAAGUUCUUAGCUCAGCAAGUUCCUUGGAUCGUCACGUCCUGGUGCACUCGGGUGAGCGUCCAUUCAAGUGCAAAUACUGCGACAUGGCAUUCACAACAAAUGGAAAUAUGAAUAGACACCUGAGAACAGCGCAUCGUGAAGUGUCACCUCACAGUUACACGGAUUCCGAGGGUAGCAGUGACUCGGAGAGGCCAGCGACAAAUCGACAGGUGGACGAAUACAAUAACAAUGAAAUAGCGAAGAGAAGUUCACCAGAUCUUGUUGAGUCAGGAUCACCGGCAUCGAGAAAGAGAAAGAGAUCAGAGUAUCCAGAGGACAUUGACAUUCAAAGAAAGCCCAAGAUUCUUCUGAACAACUCGCGAAUCGAGGGAAAGGGUAUUCUCUCUAGCUCGUUCAUGUGUCCAGUCUGUCCCUCCCGUAGCUUUCCCUCUGGGGCAUUCCUUGAGGCCCACCUAGACAAGAAUCAUCCAGACUACACAGCAGAAUGCGACACAUGCAACCGCUCCUUUCCGAACCACCGAGUCCUUAAUCUCCACAAAUUUAUGGUUCACUCGAUCGACGCAUCAGUACCAACGAGAAAUCUCAGAAACUCAGUGGUGGGCUUCAACGAUCUGACAUUCGUCGAUUUCUCAGCGGAAAAAUUUCCAGCAAUAGCUAGAGCAGUGUGCGAGCAGUCUCUUCAUCGUCCAGCAUCUGGUGAGAGUGCAACAUUCCAGUGCUCAAAAUGCCUGCGAGCAUUUCCGUGCAAGUCAGCCCUUGAGGGACACGAGAUGGACUGUGGAACCCCUCACUGUCAAGCUACCCCUGUGGAAGACGAUCACUCAAAACGAAACGACUUCUUCGCUGGUCUGAAUCUUCAGAACCGUGCGGCCCUCACCGAGGCAAGAGAAGGCAGAGAUCUCGCUGACAUACAGAGCAUUAUAUCUGUGACAUCCGGACCAAUUUUCCCCCGAUCCGAUGCCAGCACUCCGGAUCAGCACAUCCAAACGUCAAAUCCAAACGUCAACUCGUCUGGCUCUUCAGGUACAGCACCAUCAGAGAAUGGAUUAGAGGAGGAAGCGUAUGCUGCUGAACUGAAGCAGAUGAAACUCAAGGGCCAGUUCCCCUGUCGCCUCUGUCCCGAGGUCUUUCCAAAUCUGCGUGCCCUGAAGGGCCACCACAAACACCACAUGGGUGUCCGCCCAGGUAUGCCAUACUCCUGCAAUAUCUGCCCCUUCACAUCAACGGACAAAGCAGCGAUGAGCCGUCACCUGAAGCUCCACAACGGCUCGCGCCCCUUCGAGUGCUCCCUCUGCAACUUUGCCUUCACGACGAAAGCCAAUUGCGAGAGGCAUGUGAAGAACGGCCACAAGAUCACAGACAAAGAGGAAAUCAAGAAUUCCCUGAUCGAACACACGGAGGAGGAAUCCACGAAUGGACGCGAGACCUCACGGGACAGAACAUCGAGAGCUAUAAGAGAGGACGCCCGUAGGUCCCUAGUCUAUACCGAGAGGGAUGAGCUUUCCUCUCAGACCCAGUACUCGAGAAGACUCCGCAACUCGAGGCACUCCGACCUCAUCGCCGAGCAGGUGAGACUGAGACGAUUGGCAUCGAUGCGUGCAACACCUCUAAGUCACUACGAACAGACAGAUGUAUUCUCAAGACCACCUCCGAUUCACCUGCUGGAGCUGUCCCACAGGGUCUCCGAGGAUUCGGAGCAUCCCCAGGACUUCACAACAUCGAACUACUCGAGAACCGAGGAGGAUUCAAGAUCAUCCGAUGACAGUGCAUCACUAGUCAACGUCAAAACCGAGCCACACCAAAGACCCCAGGCAAGUCCAAUCGACCUGAAGACAACAUCAGGUGACGAUGCACCAUUGGAUCUGUCGAUGGACGUUCUCGAUCUGAGCAAGAAAUCAAAGGAUAGUGGAGCUGAUCUGUCGACAGAUGAUUUUGAUAAAAAUCAGAAGGACGUGUACGACUCAGCAGCUAAUCAACUGCUCCUGACACAGGCCCUCCUGAAAGCUGGACAGUCAGGUCACUCGCAGAGUUCCUUGGAAGCUCUCUAUGCCAACGCUCAACUACUCUACCGUAACUUCGGUGGAUUUCCGGGAGCUGGGGUUGGAGGGGGAAUCCUUCCGCCUUAUCUGUUCAAUCCACACCUUCUGGGACAGGAUUUGGCCAUGAGAGAUAGAUUACAGAAAGAGCUAGUCAGGGGAUUUCAGCUGACGAGUGGAGGUACCCUGGUUGAACCACCGAUCAAUAACACCCGUUUUCCAGGUGGUUAUCCCCAGGGAAGAGACUUGACGCCUAGAUCUCAUGAAGAGCCAAGUGAAUACACCAAAAUGAUGGCGUCGAAAAUUGUAAGCAAAGCUGUGCCAUCAAGCCCUCGAGACAAGAUCGAGACAACGCCCACAUCAAAUUCCGUGAAGAUGGUUAUAAAGAACGGUGUGCUGAUGCCAAAGCAGAAGCAGAGGAGAUACAGAACUGAGAAGCCAUUCAGCUGUGAGCACUGCUCAGCUAGAUUCACACUGAGGAGCAAUAUGGAGAGACACAUCAAGCAACAGCAUCCGCAGCACUGGAGCCAGAGGCCACGUGGUGGUCACUCAACAAGGGGACGACCACCGACUAAUCCACCAAGUCUGCUGCAUGGCAUCAAUCACAGUCAGAGUCAGCAGCCCUAUCCCGUCAUUCUACCAAAAAUGGGACAGCCUGAGUAUGGUAAGCACGCCAUCUCCGAUCAAGUGAAGUACGCUAUUCUUGCUCAACAAUUGAAGGGAAAUAAGCACGAGGAGAAUGACACCGAUGAGGAGUUGAUAAUCGACGAGGGUGCUGACAAAGAGUGCGAGAAUCCUGAGGAGGACAAGCCCAUUAGUCUGCUCAGGGGUAAACUUGAGGAGACACCUAGGGAUUCUACCAGGGAAGUCACGGAGAAAUCUGCAAACUCUGAGAAUGCAAUGGAUCAGGAUCCAGUGGACAUGAAGGUCAAGUCAGAACCAGAGGACGAGUCAAAGCUCAAGCAGUCAGAUGACGACGACAUGAACGAUAAAACGAGUAUCAAAGCGGAGGAUGGAAAUGCCGAUUUGGCGAGUGUCUCCGAACUACUGGACAAUGCAUCACAGCAAUACCAACAGUUUCAGCCACCCUACAUGAGCGACGAGGAGGGCUUGGUUGCGUCAACGAGCGACUGCAACAACUCCGGCAGCGAUGAAAAAUCGGACUCAGUGAAUUCUGGUAACUCCGGUCAUUCCUCCUCCUCAAAGCUCAAGAAACUCAAGAGGAAGAAGAAGAAGAAGAAGAAGUCCGCUUACUCAAUGGCACCAAAUCGAGUUAUCUGUCCAUAUUGCGAGCGUCCAUUCCCCUGGACCUCAUCUCUGAGGAGACACAUCCUAACGCACACUGGACAAAAGCCCUACCAGUGUGUCCACUGCUCUCUCCUCUUCACGACUAAAUCAAAUUGCGAUCGCCACCUUUUGAGAAAGCACAAGGCAAAUCCCAACAAGAUGAGGAGAAUCAGAAACUCAUCGUCUCCGGAGGCACAGGAGGUGCCCACGAACAAUAACGGUACGUUCUCCAUGAGAAAUGUCCCUGAGAGACCGUACAAAUGCAAUCAGUGCCCGAGCUCGACAUUCUCCACUCUGGGCAAUCUCAAGAAGCACAGAUCAACGAAGCACUCACACGAGGAGAAAUCAAGACCAGAGAGCCCCAUGAGCGAAGCUCAUUCUGAGAGACAAAACAGUCCUGCACCACCGAGUAAACAGAACGACCAGAGUGGAUACGAGAGUCAAUCAUCGAGUGUCUCUGAGCCAAUGGAGCAAUCAACUGCAUCCACUGAGGUAUCAAAAACCGCCCUCAACACCUCAUCAUCUACCACUGACACACCAAAAUCAAGAAGACCCUCACCCAGAGCAUCACCAGGCCCUACUGAUGCACCAUUCAAGUGCCACCUCUGUGACAGUGGCUUUGCUGAACGUCAAGACUGCCUGGAGCACAUCAAAGAUAACCACGAGCGGUCUUACGAGAUGCUUCUCGCCAAAGGUGCUUUGGAGAUGGACACUGAAACCCUUGAGGAGCAACAGCCACCACCACACUCCCACCACAGCGAUGGUGAGGAGAAACGAGGCAGAUUCCCUGAUUACAGCAACAGAAAAGUCGUAUGUGCUUUCUGCAUGCGUCGUUUUUGGUCAGCUGAGGACCUGCGACGUCACAUGCGCACACACACAGGUGAAAGACCAUUCUCCUGUGACAUCUGCUCGAGAAGAUUUACCCUGAAGCACAGCAUGCUUCGUCACAGGAAGAAGCACGAGUCCGUUGACUCAACAAUGUACGUUGGAACAAGUGGCGAUGAGGAAUCAGCGCCGACUCAACCACCAACGAUAACACCUAGAACCCAGCAGGCUCCUCUCAUCUCUGUUACCACUGGUGACUCCAGGGUCAGAGAGAGAAUCUCUCUACCAACAAUGGCACCAAUUGCCACUGGUGAUGCUGCACCCAACAGUCUCAUGAGAUUCAAUCCCUACGAGAAUCUAGCUACACUAUCAGGUAAACUCGCUAAUACCCAGAACUUCGAGACGGAGACAGCUCCAGACAACGACAAUGAUCUGAUCUCCAAUUUACUUGGCAUCGGAGACAAGAGUGUCGUUGAUCAGAUGCUACAAGCAUCUGCUGACGAUGCAGCCAAGAUGCUCGGUGUCAAUAGAAAUAACGAAUGAGUGCGAAAUAAUAGUCUUAGAAUUCAAUGAUUAAUAAGUCGUAGGAUAAUAACGUUGUACAAAUGUGUGAGUAAUUGAUGCAUUAACGAAGAGGUAAAGGGCAACGAGGUUUUGGUAAAUAUCGGUGUAGAUCUCGUUUCGAUUAAGACGAGACAGAUAUUCUCCGAAAACUCGACUGCUGGUUUAAUCGAUCUUCAACCUUUCACCUCUUCGCUAUUGAAUUGAUAUCGUUAGGUAUAAUUCCCAGGUGAAAUCACGGUUUCCCAUCAUGUUCACGAUCGUGCCUUACAGAAUCUACUUAGUCCCUCGAGAUAAACGAUUUUAUUAUGAUAAUAUCGACUCGUUGGAGCACCCUGGGCAUUAACUUAUUGGUUAAGAGAUGAUUGCGGUUACUACCGAGUUGAAUUUCGAAAGACAAAACGCACUGAAAUGGCGUGGCUAGUUUCUUCUUCAAUGAAAAACAGAUUUUUAUUUUUAUCUAUGAGAAAAUUGAGGGAUCUAUAGCCUAAAUCCAUCGCGUUUAGGCACAUUUGAUAGAUUUUCAGUUACAUUGGUUGGUUGUGCCUGAUAUUUUAUUAUUAUUUUUUUUUUCGCACUGAGUACUAUUUCAGUAAUAUUUUCUAAGGAUCAAAAUCCUUGAACAUGUGUUUGUAUAUAAUUCGAUUAAUUAGAGGUAGAAUUUUAGGAAAGAAUACGUGUAACGUAUACACGAAUGUGCGGAUUAAUUAUGAAAAUGAGAAAAUUUUUGAAGAGUGUAGAUUUAUUCAACUUGUAUGAUUCUCAAUUAAACGUAGAAUUGUCUAAGAGUUUAAUCAGUAAGUUAAAUGAUGGCGAGGAUCAAUUAUCUUAUGAUCUUAAAAUAUCAUUGAUCCUCGUCAUAUGCAGAUGUGAGAGCGCCGAGUUGAACUGAAAAAUCCAAAGAUAGAAAGAAAACGACGAGAGAACGUGUUAACAACGAAUAUAUAUGAAUUAUUAUAGCCAUAAAACUUCUAUUUUGUUCUAUCCGUUAGUUCCAUUAUCUUAAAUUCCUAAGAGCUGCAAUUUAGGGUGCGUUUUUACGAUUAAGAAUAUUCAAAUGUGAAUAGAUUUUGAAGAUAUUGUCACGGUAAUUCUCCACGUUAAUUGAAAUGUUUGAUGCCCACCGUAAGAUAUCGAGUGUAGAAAAAUCAUUGGUGAAUUGAUGAUUAUAAAAAAUUAUUGUUUAUAUAUUUAAUGCAUGGGUAAAAUUG